AUGCACACAGCCCUGCGCCUUUGUCAUUCUCGCGGCUACUCUAUCAUCAGAGUCCGUUCUAUGCAAGUAGCUGCCUUUAAGCAAUUUUAUCUCAGCCCUUGGGGUAUUCCGAAUGGGUCUGUUUCCUUCCGAUCCGAUGUGGACAGACACAAGUCCGCUGAAGGCCUUUUGGGGCCACCGUCCUCCGAUGGUACUUCAAUAAUUAAUUCGCCAUCCUACACACGAACCUCUCCCCAUCUUCCUUCUCCCACCAUCACCAGCACCUGUCUGGAUUCGCAUAGUUUGCGCACAGUCUCUGCACAGGUAUCUUCCAACGACGCAUGUAAGGCGCCCAGGAUCUCAACAGUCAACCCGAGUCCAAAGUUUUCUUCGGUCUCGAGUCACGAUAUAGCGACGGCGUCCGCUCCUGAGACUGUUGAUGUGGAACAGCAGAAACUAGAUGCAUCUCUCCUCAUAUUGGAAAAUCCGGAAUUGCUUAAGUACUCGGACCCAUCUCUGACAGAAAAGUUCCAACUUCCCUUGGCCGACAGCCUAGAAAACGAGGCCCAGCUGGAGUUCCGGAAGUUUGAUCGUCUUCACAGCGUCCUUUACAGUGAACUUUCGGGUGAACUCAAGAAACUCCGUGCGCUUGUUGGCAUCAGCGAAACAAAACUGAAAAUCAAUCAGAAGAGGUAA